UGUAAUCCAUUGUAAUUCUAUUGCCGGAACGUGGUAACUUCUCAAGCUAGUACGGAGACUGAUAAUUCAUUCACACCAGUCACGUUUCACCACGUAUUUUAACUGGUAGUACACAGUAAUUGUAAACUCGAAAAUGUCCACGCAGAAGAUGAAUCUUCUAUGCUGCAGUUUGCUGUAUUUCACAAUUCCAUGGAUUAUUGUUCUAAACGCACAAAAUGUAUAUGCAAAGGGAACAAAUUAUGUGACCUGUGGAUCAGUAUUAAAACUUCUGAACAUUGGCUCUAAUGUCAGACUGCAUUCGCAUAGUAUAAAGUACGGAACUGGAAGCGGUCAGCAAUCUGUUACAGCAACAGAAAUUCAGGAAGAUGGUAACUCACAUUGGCUUGUAAAAGCUGAAACUGGAAAGCAAUGUAUCCGAGGAAAACCAAUAAAAUGUGGAGAUAUAGUGAGACUGGAGCAUCUAUCAACGAAGAAAAAUCUGCAUUCGCACCACUUCAGCUCACCUUUGAGUGGUAACCAGGAAAUAUCAGCAUACGGCGAUGAAAAAGGCGAAGGGGACACAGGGGAUGACUGGCUAGUGGUUUGCCAGAGUGAAUUUUGGGAAAGGGAUAAUCCAAUAAUGCUGAAGCAUAUUGACACGAACGUGUACUUAUCAAGCAGUGAAAGAACUUACGGCAAUCCAAUAACUGGCCAAGUUGAAGUCGUUGGAAUGUACACACCGAUGGGAGACAACUCAAAUUGGAAAUCAAUGGAAGGUCUUUUCAUACACCCCAGCGACUUCAAGGCGCAACAUACCUAUCAACAUACGGAACUCUAAACUCGAUUAGACAAAUUAAUUACAGUAAUUAUUUAUUUUAUAUCGCAGUAAUGAAUAAAGAGGAAAACGAAGAUGAAACUGAAUAAAUCGAAUAAAUAGUUA